AUUAGGGAAAGAACCAGGAACUAGGUCGGUAUGUCAUUUUAUCAGACGGCACAGAAGUAGCAGAAAGUCUGACAGAAGGAUUUGUUUAAUAGUAUUUUUUUGUUUGGUCGAUAUUGUAGGUUAUUAUGGCGUCGCUGUUCAAGAAGAAGACGGUGGAAGAUGUCAUAAAGGAGCAGAAUAAGGAGCUGAGAGGAACCCAGAGGCAGAUCACGCGAGACCGGGCCGCACUGGAGAAACAGGAAAAACAACUGGAGAUGGAGAUCAAGAAGAUGGCCAAAUCGGGGAAUAAGGAGGCGUGUAAGGUCCUGGCCAAACAGCUGGUGCAGCUGAGAAAACAGAAGACCAGGACGUACGCCGUCAGCUCUAAAGUCACGUCCAUGUCCACUCAGAGCAAGCUCAUGCACUCGCAGAUGAAGAUGGCAGGAGCCAUGGGCACCACCGCUAAGACGAUGCAGGCAGUCAAUAAGAAGAUGGAUCCUCAGAAGACUAUGCAGACUAUGCAGAACUUCCAGAAAGAAACAGCGAAGAUGGAGAUGACCGAAGAGAUGAUUAACGACACGCUGGACGAUCUCUUUGAGGACUCAGGAGACGAGGAAGAAUCUCAGGACAUUGUGAACCAGGUGCUGGAUGAGAUCGGCAUCGAGAUCUCAGGAAAGAUGGCCCACGCUCCCUCUGCCAGCCGAACCAAACCCACCGCCUCCACCUCCAAAGCAGAUGGGAUAUCAGACGAGGAGAUAGAGAGACAGCUAAAAGCUCUUGGAGUGGACUAAUGCUGACAUGUACAUCUCUGAUUUGCCUGGCAACAUGCACACACACACACACGCACACACACACACACACACACACACACACACACACACACACACACACACACACACACUACUGAACUCUCAGCCUUGACAUUUGCAGUCACUCGGGGAAAAAGUGCCACAGCAGGAAAAUUCCGUUCCGUUGUUGCGGUAGGACUCCUACCGACGAGCCACUGUUUAAAUUGUGUUGAAAAUUUUAAAAAAAGUGUAAAUAUUUAAAGAAAACUGUUCUGAUAUACAGUUUUUGAAUGCAUGCUUGCAUAUCAUUGGUUUUAUUCACUAUUAUAAAAAUUCAUUAAAUAAAUUGAAUGUGUACUGGAAUGCAUGAGAGGUUGAGAUCAAAUCAUUAAGCAAAAAAACAAAAACUUUUCCUCUUCCUUUCCCUGAACUCUCUAGAGAGAUCUACCUCCAAUAACAGACUAGAAACAGUGGCACUGUACUUUUGGGAGUUGAUUCAUCCUUUAUACUUUCCUACUUUUCACAUCUCUCCUUUGUAGUUUUAUCCUUCUAAAAAAAAAAACCCAUCUUCGAUCCUGGCACAUCAGUAGCACAUCUUGUUAAAACGACUUCCAAAA